UUCUUCUGGCACCCUUCCACCUGCAGUUGCAAGAGUGGCUGACAGGGAUAAAGAGGGAAGACGGCACCCUGCAAAGGGGCUUCAUUCUCACUCUUCCUUUUAGUGUUUCUAGAAUAGAGUGGGUGGGAACUGACUGAAGUAAAGUCCCAGAGAUUCAAAUAGUGACGCACAGGAAAGCCUCAAGUGGGUGGAGAAAUGCAAAUCCCCUCUGACAUGGCGUCAGCGGCGGUGUCCCGGGGGCUGUGAAGGGCGAUUCUGACUUUGGACUUGAGCCUGCGGGGACUUAGGCUGAGAGGGAGUCAGCAUGUCUCAGUGGAAUCAAGUCCAACAGUUAGAAAUCAAGUUUUUGGAGCAAGUUGAUCAAUUCUAUGAUGACAACUUUCCUAUGGAAAUACGACAUCUGCUGGCUCAGUGGAUUGAAAAUCAGGACUGGGAGGCAGCUUCUAACAAUGAAACCAUGGCAACAAUUCUUCUUCAAAACCUGUUAAUACAACUGGAUGACCAGUUAGGUCGCGUUUCCAAAGAGAAAAACCUGCUCUUGAUACACAAUCUAAAAAGAAUUAGAAAAGUACUUCAGGGAAAGUUUCAUGGAAAUCCAAUGCACGUAGCUGUGGUUAUUUCAAAUUGUUUAAGAGAAGAGAGGAGAAUAUUGGCUGCAGCCAACAUGCCUGUCCAGGGACCUCUGGAGAAAUCCUUACAAAGUUCUUCAGUUUCAGAAAGACAGAGAAAUGUGGAGCAUAAAGUGGCUGCAAUUAAAAACAGUGUGCAGAUGACAGAACAAGACACCAAAUACUUAGAAGACCUCCAAGAUGAAUUUGACUACAGGUAUAAAACAAUUCAGUCAAUGGAUCAGGGUGACAAGAAUAGUCUCCUGAUGAAUCAGGAAGUUUUGACACUGCAAGAAAUGCUUAACAGCCUAGACUUCAAGAGAAAGGAAGCCCUCAGUAAGAUGACACAAAUAGUGAAUGAAACAGACUUGCUAAUGAACAGCAUGCUGAUUGAAGAGCUGCAGGACUGGAAGAGGCGGCAGCAGAUCGCCUGCAUUGGGGGUCCACUCCACAAUGGGCUUGACCAGCUUCAGAACUGCUUUACCCUGCUGGCAGAAAGUCUUUUUCAACUCAGAAGGCAAUUGGAGAAAUUAGAGGAGCAGUCUACCAAAAUGACAUAUGAAGGUGAUCCUAUCCCAGUGCAAAGAACACACCUGCUAGAAAGAGUCACCUUCCUGAUCUACAACCUUUUCAAGAAUUCAUUUGUGGUUGAGAGACAGCCAUGCAUGCCAACCCACCCUCAGAGGCCGAUGGUACUUAAAACCCUUAUUCAGUUCACUGUAAAACUAAGGCUUCUAAUAAAAUUGCCAGAGCUAAACUAUCAGGUAAAGGUUAAAGCUUCAAUUGACAAGAACGUUUCAACUCUAAGCAAUCGAAGGUUUGUCCUUUGUGGAACUCAUGUCAAAGCCAUGUCCAUUGAAGAAUCUUCCAAUGGGAGUCUUUCAGUAGAAUUUAGACAUUUGCAACCAAAGGAAAUGAAGUCAAGUGCUGGGGGUAAAGGAAAUGAGGGCUGUCAUAUGGUGACUGAAGAGCUUCAUUCUAUAACUUUUGAGACACAGAUCUGCCUCUAUGGCCUGAAUAUCGAUUUGGAGACCAGUUCAUUACCUGUGGUGAUGAUUUCCAAUGUCAGUCAGUUACCUAAUGCUUGGGCGUCCAUCAUUUGGUACAAUGUGUCAACCAAUGAUUCUCAGAACCUGGUUUUCUUUAAUAAUCCUCCAUCUGCCACAUUAAGUCAACUCCUGGAAGUGAUGAGCUGGCAGUUUUCGUCAUAUGUUGGUCGUGGCCUUAAUUCAGAUCAACUCAAUAUGCUGGCAGAGAAGCUCACAGUCCAAUCUAGCUACAGUGAUGGUCACCUCACCUGGGCCAAGUUCUGCAAGGAACACUUACCUGGUAAAUCAUUUACUUUUUGGACAUGGCUUGAAGCAAUAUUGGAUCUAAUUAAGAAACACAUUCUUCCCCUUUGGAUUGAUGGGUAUGUCAUGGGCUUUGUGAGCAAAGAAAAGGAACGGCUCCUGCUAAAGGAUAAAAUGCCUGGGACCUUUUUAUUAAGAUUCAGUGAAAGCCAUCUUGGAGGGAUAACUUUCACCUGGGUGGACCAUUCUGAAAACGGAGAAGUUAGAUUCCACUCAGUAGAACCUUACAACAAAGGUCGGUUGUCUGCUCUGCCAUUCGCUGACAUCCUUCGAGACUACAAGGUUAUUAUGGCUGAAAACAUUCCUGAAAAUCCUCUGAAAUACCUAUAUCCUGACAUUCCGAAAGACAAAGCUUUUGGUAAACACUACAGCUCCCAGCCUUGCGAAGUUUCAAGACCAACAGAAAGGGGAGACAAAGGUUAUGUUCCUUCAGUUUUUAUCCCCAUUUCGACAAUUCGAAGUGAUUCAACGGAACCACAAUCUCCAUCAGACCUUCUUCCCAUGUCUCCAAGUGUGUAUGCAGUGCUGAGAGAUAACCUGAGUCCUGCAACAAUUGAAACUGCAAUGAAGUCUCCGUAUUCUGUUGAAUGACAGGAUAAGCUUAAACCCUAAAGAAGGAGCAAAUGAAAAACAUUUAAGAACUAUUCUCUGUCAAAGACCACAUCUUAUUUCUUCAGCUUUGUAAAUGCCGGUUUCCAGGAAAUGGAAGUCUGAAAUUCACCCCCAGCUGGGAAUGUUGUGACUUAAAAUGCUAAAAACUAACAGCUUCAGAUAAAUUUUCAAGAUAAGAUAACUUUAAGAAACCAGUGCCAGUGACAAUAUAAUAUAACAGAAGACUCAUGUGCAUGUCUAUUUCUGAGUUUGUUUCUUGGUGUUAUUUAUGACUUUUGGCUUUAGAAAGUAGAAGUAUUAACAUUUCAGUGUAG